AUGGCUGGCGGAAACGUUAUCGACAUCACUACUGAGGCCGAGUUCAAGGAGAAGGUCCUCAACUCCCAGGAUCUCGUCGUCCUCGACUGCUUCGCCGAAUGGUGCGGUCCCUGCAAGGCCAUCGCCCCCAAGCUCGCCCAGUUCAGCGAAGCCUACCCCCAGGCCAAGUUCUACAAGAUCGACGUCGACCAGCUCUCCGAGGUUGCCGCCGAGCUCGGCGUCCGCGCCAUGCCCACCUUCAUGCUCUUCAACAAGGGCGAGAAGGUCUCUGACGUCGUCGGCGCCAACCCCCCUGCCCUGGAGGCCGGUAUCAAGAGCCUGAUUGCGUAA